AUGGCGCUGGCCGGGGACGAGCCCUUCAGCCCCUCGGUGCUGGGCACCAGGGAGCACUGGGAUGCUGCGUAUGAAAGAGAACUGCGAACUUUUCAAGACAUUGGAGAUACCGGGGAAAUCUGGUUUGGAGAAGAAAGCAUGGUGCGCAUAAUCAGAUGGUUGGAAAAGCACAAGGUUCCCCUUGACAGCUCUGUGCUUGACAUUGGGACUGGGAAUGGUGUUUUACUGGUUGAAUUGGCAAAGUCUGGCUACAUGAAUCUCACAGGGAUUGAUUAUUCACCUUCUGCAAUACAGCUUUCAGAGAAAGUAAGAGAGAAAGAAGGGAUGUCUAACAUUAAAUUAAAGGUAGAAGACUUCCUGGCACCCUCAGCUGAGCUGUCAGGCUUUGACAUUUGCAUUGACAAGGGGACUUUUGAUGCCAUAAGCCUCGACCCCAGUGACGCGGUGAGGAAGCGGAAGGUGUACGUGGGAUCCCUGUGCAGGGUGCUCAAACCAGAGGGCUUCUUCCUCAUCACCUCUUGCAACUGGACCAAGGAGGAGCUGCUGAACGAGUUCAGAGAAGGAUUUGAAAUUCUGGAGGAGCUGCCAACACCCAAGUUUUGCUUUGGAGGAAGAAUUGGAAACAGUGUAACAGCAUUGGUUUUCCAAAAGAAAAAAGUGAGGCCAUCCAUCUUGGACAAAUUAGAUUAG